AUGCCAAACGAACCACCUCACUCCCUCUUUCAGUCUCAGCCAUCCCAGUCUCAAUCCGCCGUCUUGGUCACCGGAAACCGCCACGAAACAGGGCGAUUUGGACAGUUUUUGACGGAAUUUCACGGAGCUCGUUCAGACACCUCUGGCCACCAAAUCGGACUAGUGAGGAUAGGAGUCUUGAGCCGAGAUGUUGAGAUUUUCCGGCGAAGCGUUAUCGCUUCGGGCAACCACGCUCUGCCAGCGUGUGUGGCGGCGCGUGGGAACUGUAGCAAUGAGGCAUUGUGUCCCAAUUUGAUCCUCUUGUUGUCACGAGCUCGUAGGAAUUCGCGGAUAUCAAUUCGGAUAACGAACAGUGCCGCUACAGUACCAGGUCUUAUUUAUCUCUCUCCUCCCUCUGGUUUGCAGGCAGCACCCCCCAUUGUUGUUACUAUUCAUCCGCCCACUCUUUGGGUUGCCACCGUCACUAUCGGCCACCGUUUUGGGUGGUACCGGUCCCAAAAGAACCGAGCCACCUCCCUCUUGCCAUCCCGACCAAUCUCAGCCCCUGAAACUGCCGGAGAUCGCCGGAAACAGCUCUAA